GUCUAUAUAAUCCGCAUCCUCCUGGAUGUGAUUGGGCGGCUGGCGGAUGAGUGGCAGGUGGAUGCAGCUCAGCGUGCGCCCUUUUCCUCGCCAUUGGCUGCGUUAAAUGACUGCUCCUCCCGCAGACCACACACCAUUAGCUUUUUGGGGGGAGGGCUUCGCGAAGGAGUCGGGAAGUUGUAGUUCUCUGCGGCGGACGCGCAUCUGUGCGGCUUAUUAUCGACUAUUAUGAAUUAGACUACACGUCCCGACGUCACGGUCCGGGCAUCUGUAAUUGCCGUGAAUGUGUAAUUAAACUCGUACGACUGACUGACUGGCUGCUUCUAAAUUUGGCGUCGUCGGGGCAGGCUGGUACAGUUGCGCGAGGUGGUCGAUGCUGCGCGAGGAUGUGAGCAGGAACGGGGGACACGCGCGCAACAAACGGGACCGAGUGGGGACGCUUACGCACGAGCUGGGAGCAGAUAUGACAAAAAGUUGAAGCGUUUUUUUGGAGCGCUUUGCGAGUUUUACGCACAGAAUGAGACACCGGAAAUCGUGAGGACCACUGAGGCAACUUUGGUCUUUUUAUCACCAUUAAUUGGGCUUUUUUUCUUUUUCUUUUUUCGAUUCUGAACAGUCAACAAUCCCAGGAUGUUUUCAAUCUUCACCGAAUCAGCUCAAAGUCCUUAACCGUCAACAGACUGACAUUUUACGCACGGAGGAGAGGAAUCAGAGCUGGCACGUUUCCGUUUGGAUGAACUUUACAAAACAUCUUCAAUGAUUCGAGAUCUGAGCAAGAUGUACCCCCCGGCCCGGCAUCCGGUCCCCCACCAGCCGGGCCAGCCCUUCAAGUUCACUGUAACUGAGUCCUGCGACCGGAUCAAGGAGGAGUUCCAGUUCCUGCAAGCCCAGUAUCACAGUCUGAAAAUGGAAUGUGAGAAGCUGGCCAGUGAGAAAACUGAGAUGCAGAGACACUAUGUCAUGUACUAUGAAAUGUCAUAUGGGCUGAACAUUGAGAUGCACAAGCAGGCGGAGAUUGUCAAACGGCUGAACGCAAUCUGCGCCCAAGUCAUUCCCUUCCUCUCCCAAGAGCAUCAGCAGCAGGUGGUGCAGGCGGUGGAGAGAGCCAAGCAGGUCACCAUGGCUGAACUUAACGCCAUCAUUGGAGUGGGUGUAUUACCUGUGUGUGUGUUUCAGCAGCAGCAGCUCCAGGCUCAGCACCUCUCUCAUGGUCAUGCCAUCCCGGUUCCACUCACUCCACAUCCUGCGGGUCUCCAGCCCCCCUUGCCUCCUGGGGCCAGCACUGCCAGCCUGCUGGCGCUGUCUUCGGCUCUGAGUCACCAGCUGCCUCUCAAAGACGAGAGGAAACACCACGAAAACAGCAGCGAGCACACGAGAGACAGAGAUUCAGUUAAGAGCUCAUCUGUGUCUCCAUCAGCCAGUUUUCGGACUGGAGAGAAGCACCGAAGUUCCAGCGAUUAUUCGUCUGACAGCAAGAAACAGAAGACUGAAGACAAAGAGCUGACGUCCACGCGCUACGAAAGUGACGGAGAGAAGAGCGACGACAACCUGGUUGUGGAUGUCUCCAAUGAGGACGCCGUUUCUCCUCGAGGAAGUCCCGCCCACUCUCCUCGGGAGAACGGAUUGGACAAAUCCCGCUUGUCAAAAAAAGAUGCCCCGCUGAGUCCUUCCUCUAUCGCCUCCUCCAGCAGUACACCCUCAUCAAAGUCCAAAGAGAUUAAUUUGAAUGAAAAAUCAACAACUCCUGUGUCCAAGUCCAGCACCCCCACAUCGCGCUCUGAAGGCCCCCCCAGCAGCAGCACCACCACAGGCCUGAGGUCUGCAGUCAGUAAACCCUCUCAUGUGGCACAUUGUUCUUCUCUUGCAGGUCCUGCUCUUCUUCCACUAACGGUUCCCUGUGCUUACCCGAGUCCCUUCGGGAUGGUUCCUCACCCGGGUAUGAACGGAGAGCUGAGUGGAGCAGGAGCAGCCUACACUGGCCUCCAUAACAUCUCCCCGCAGAUGAGUGCAGUGGCUGCUGCUGCUGUGGCAGCCUACGGACGCACACAAGUGGUGGGUUUUGAUCCUCACCAUCAAAUUCGUGUCCCUGGCCUUCCUCCUAACCUGUCGGGAAUUCCUGGCGGGAAGCCAGCGUACUCCUUUCACGUGAGCGCCGACGGACAAAUGCAGCCUGUUCCUUUUCCUCCAGAUGCGCUGAUUGGCCCAAACAUUCCUCGCCACGCUCGACAGAUCAAUACUCUAAGCCACGGGGAGGUGGUGUGUGCGGUUACCAUCAGUAACCCGACACGCCAUGUCUACACUGGUGGCAAGGGUUGCGUGAAGGUGUGGGACAUCAGUCACCCAGGAAACAAGACCCCCGUUUCCCAGCUGGACUGCCUUAACAGAGAUAACUACAUCCGGUCCUGCCGCCUUCUUCCGGACGGACGGACUCUCAUCGUGGGGGGCGAGGCGAGCACCUUGUCGAUCUGGGAUUUGGCUACACCGACUCCUCGGAUCAAAGCAGAACUUACAUCGUCGGCGCCGGCGUGUUAUGCUCUGGCCAUCAGCCCCGACUCUAAAGUCUGCUUCUCCUGCUGUUCUGAUGGAAACAUCGCCGUUUGGGAUCUCCACAACCAAACUCUGGUUAGGCAGUUCCAGGGCCACACCGAUGGAGCCAGCUGUAUAGACAUCUCCAACGACGGCACCAAGCUCUGGACCGGAGGUCUAGACAACACGGUCCGCUCUUGGGAUCUGAGGGAGGGACGGCAGCUUCAGCAGCAUGACUUCACCUCCCAGAUCUUCUCUUUGGGAUAUUGUCCGACGGGCGAGUGGUUGGCAGUGGGGAUGGAGAACAGUAAUGUGGAGGUUCUGCAUGUCACCAAACCUGACAAGUACCAGCUCCACCUGCAUGAAAGCUGCGUGCUGUCACUCAGAUUUGCCCACUGUGGCAAGUGGUUUGUGAGCACAGGGAAAGACAAUCUGCUCAACGCCUGGAGAACCCCAUAUGGAGCCAGCAUAUUCCAGUCAAAGGAGUCAUCCUCAGUGCUGAGCUGUGACAUCUCUAUUGAUGAUAAGUACAUUGUGACGGGCUCAGGAGACAAAAAAGCAACAGUCUACGAGGUCAUCUAUUAAAGAGAGCUGAGCGGCGAGGUCAUCCACGCCUCGGUGCCAGACAUCACCGUCAUCUGUGCACACUUUCUCUUUAGUGUAUAUAACGUUGGAGCGGAACAAACCAAACACCUUCUUGGACUGACAUCUUCUGACUUCUUGUCUGGCUGUGGGUUAAAAAGAACAAAUGGAACUAAGCACAGAGAUUUUUUUUUCUUUUUUUCUGAAGUGGCUUUUACUUGAGGAUGUGUGAGUGAGUCUGGAGAGCUCGAAAAACAUCCUGAAACAUAACUUUUUGCCACAAACGUGUGGUAGAUUUUUUUUUUUUUUUGUACAUGUAAACUCUCAGCUGUGACAGAAGCGUCAUGAUGCAUUUGCCUAUGUACUCUGUAUAUAUCUGGAGGCUUUGAGAUGAAGGUAAACCAGGAGGCUAAACCUGUAUGACUUUAAAACAACACAUUUGAAAAACUAACAAAAAAGAAAAAUGUUGAUUUCAUUUGUUUUAUACCAUUCUAAGCACUAGCAGUUUUUCAAGUUUUUACGUUUACUCUGAAGUGUUUA